AUGAUGUACAAAGAUUUUUCUAUGGACAAACGAAUCGAAUAUGUCACUGCACUCAUCGAUAUGGUUGACCGAGACCGAACAAGGCAUCACCUGGUCUUGCCUCUUCUCACGAGCACUGAUGACAUCGAGGAGAAGUUGAAAAUUAUCUUUCGUUGUACCAAUAUUGGCUACAAAGAUUUGUCACAGCUCGAUAUCUCUGUUUUGUCGCAUCAGGUGCUGCAGCCGUUGUAUGAUCGACAACGAGUUUCCCGCGGAGAUCGGUCAAAACUGGACAAAAUUGCAAGGAUUCUCAAAAGUUUUGGCAUCACAUCUGAUUCUGUAUGGCAGACGUUGUACUCAUGGUGGCAAGAAAAACUCGCAAGCGAGAAAAGGCUACCAAAUUUAGAAGAUGCUUUGCGACCUAUGGCGAAAGAGCUCCAAGAAUGGCUAAAACUACAGUACACAGCGACAUUUGAAGUAGAGAAGAAAAGCAGUAUAAAAGGUCCACAGAUUCGAGUCACCUAUGAAAGGCUAAAGAAGUUUGUUGAUGGUCGUGAUUCUUCAAAAGUUCAUGCAUUCCUUUCUUCGUACGGCUGGCCAGAGGAUACAAAUUUCGAGGAAAUCGUUCCAGAUGUGCUCGGGUUGUAUCUGGAUCAUGAAGAAUGGGGAAAUGUCAAGAAAAUGCUUAUUUCAUUGUCUGCUCAAUCUAACAAAUGGCAAAAAGAAGAUGAUCCAUCAUACUCUCCUAUGAAAAACUACCAUUUGCUACAGAUUUUGAGGAGGUUAUCAAACGAAGCUGAGGAGAUCUCAUUACGAAAAAUGAUCAAUUAUGCCUAUGAAUUGCGAAGGCUUUUUCCUGAAGCGGUUGCCAAUUACGACACGUUUUUCAAUACACUACACGAAUAUAAUCGUCUGUUUGGCAAAUGUUUCGAGAGGCUUCCAAAUCCAUCUGUGGAGAAAAUCGACGAAUGUAUAGAUCUACUACGAACAUUAAUUAAACUGGAAAUUCUCCAACUCCAUCCAAACGAAACGUUAACCUCUGUUUUCAUAGGGAACGUUCUGAGA